AUGAAGCCAUUUGCAGGAAUAUCAGUCUCCUCGCUCGCUCCGUUGCUGCUGCUGCUCGUACUGCACCAACCCCACCAGCUUGAAGCGGAGAACCGCAACCUGACGGCCGGAAAUUCUCUUAGGCCUCCGGAGUACAUCACCAGCCCGUCCGGCGACUUCGCCUUUGGCUUCCGCGCCUUGGACUCCGGCGGCCCGGACAGCUUGUUGUUCCUCCUCGCCGUAUGGUUCAACGACAACACGGCUGCGGCCGACCCCGUGCAGCAGAAGGCGGCGGUGGUAUGGCACGCGACGGAUCCGGACGGAUCUGGAUCGGCGGUGACAGCCACGACACAAUCCGUGUUCAGCGUCAACUUCGGCCAACUCUCCCUCGCCAACAACGGCAGCAGAAACAUAUGGACGAACGUGAACCCGGCCCAGCCGAACGGAUUUGUGCUCGUGCUGCUGGACUCGGGCAACCUCCAGUUCCUCACCGGCGGCGACAACUCCGUGGUGUGGGAGAGCUUCCGGCACCCGACCGACACGCUCCUUCCUGGUCAAUCCAUGGGAGCUGGAGAAAACCUUCGGUCCAAGCGCACGGAUGCGGAUUUCUCCGCUGGCCGCUUCGGCCUCUUUGUGCAGGCCGACGGCAACAUCGUCCUGUACAUCGGCGGCCAUGCCGACUCGAGCAGAGCGUACUGGGCAACCCGGACCCAACAGCCCAGCAACACCCAAGACGGCAACACGACUCUUUUUUUCGCUUCCACGGGGAGUAUCUACUACCAGAUCAAGAAUGGCUCGUUGUACGACCUGACACCUCCCAUGGCGAGCUCCACCGCCGGCGGCAGCUACCGGCGCGCGACGCUCGACCCGGACGGCGUCGUCCGCGUGUACAUCCGCCCGAGGAGCUCCGCCAACGCGUCGUGGACCGUCGCCGAUCUGUUCCCAGCCGUAGGUUGUGGCAUGUCAACCCGUGCCUUGGACGGCUUCUGCGGCCCCAACUCGUACUGCGUCGUGUCCGGCGCCGACAGCAGGCUCGACUGUGCGUGCCCGAGCAACUACUCCUUCAUCGACAAGAAUAUACGCUACGAGGGCUGCCGCCCAGCGUUCGCACCGCAGAGCUGUGACGUGGUGAACAGCUCCGCCGAAUUCGAGAUCACCAAGCUGCCCAACACCACUUGGACGACCUCACCGUACGUGAUCUACGAACGCAUGGCGGAGGAGCAGUGCGCCGACAUUUGCUUGCGUGACUGCUUCUGCGUGGCGGCGCUGUUCGAGCCCGGCGCAACCCGCUGCACCAAGAUGGCGUUGCUGGCGGGCUCCGGACGGCAAGAGAGAAGCGUCACGCAGAAAGCGUUGAUCAACGCCGCGACCAGUCUUCUGCUGCACUGGCACAUGAGAAGAAUUAACAACAACGACCAUGACAUUGUGAGACACUUCACCAAGAAGGAGCUCCACCGAGCCACCAAUGGCUUUCAAAGGUUGCUAGGAAGAGGAGGCUUCGGGGAGGUCUACCAUGGGGUGGCCAAGUCGCUACACCCACCUGACAUCGCGGUGAAGAAGCUCGUCACCUCCAACGAGUACAGCGAGAGGGAGUUCGCGAACGAGGUGCAGUCCAUCGGGCGGAUUCACCACCGGAACCUGGUCCGCAUGUUGGGAUACUGUAAGGAGAGGGAGCAGCGGAUGCUGGUAUUCGAGUUCAUGCCGGGCGGCUCCCUUCGGAGCUUCCUCUUCCAGACCCCACGGCCGCCGUGGAGCUGGCGUGCCGAGGCCGCACUCGGUAUCGCCAAGGGGAUCGAGUACCUACACGAAGGGUGCACCUUACCGAUCAUCCACUGCGAUAUCAAGCCCGACAACAUAUUGUUGGAUGAUAGGAACAAUCCAAAGAUUACCGACUUUGGGAUCGCCAGGCUCCUCGGUGACCAGCAGAUGUACACGACGGUGACCAAUGUGAGAGGAACCAGAGGGUACAUUGCCCCUGAGUGGUUCCACAGCGAGAGGCGCAUCGACACCAAGGUGGACGUGUAUAGCUUCGGCGUCGUGCUGCUGGAGAUGAUAUGCUGCAGGAGGUGCCAAGACCCAGUAACCAGCCGUGGCGAGGGCGGUGACGAUCAUGACAACUCCGUGGUCACACUGUUUGGAUGGGCAAGCCAGUUGGUCAACCAUGGCAGAGUCGAGGUUAUCCUGCAUAGCGAUGACGACGCUGUGGAGGAUCUGGAGAGAGUGGAGCGGUUCGUUCGUGUGGCUUUCUUGUGUAUCGAGACGAAUCCGUCGCUUCGGCCGAUGAUGCAUCAGGUGGUGCAGAUGCUGGAGGGUGUGGUUGAGGUCCACGCGAUGCCUCAUCUUCCGAGCUCUAUAGAUACAUUACCGUCCAUCUCUAAGGAUUCACGUACUCCCAGGUUCUUCUUCUCCAGUUGAACUCGAUUUGAUUUCUCACAAGAACGUACUGCAGCCUUCAUCUCAUGGCUUCACUUAUUUCUGAUACCAUACCGUGACUAGUCUCAGCCUAUGUGAACAUAGAAGGCAAGCAAAAGCAUACACUGUGUGAAAUCUUACUACUUUGAUAUGCGCUUCAUAUUCUGUGUAUUUAAGUUUGUUUUUUUUUUUGAGCAUUUACGGUUUUAUGGUGUGGUAAACAAGACACGUCGUUGUAAUAAA